AUGCGGUUGAUCGCUCACCUGCUGCCGCUCCUGGUGGUGGGCAUCUGGCCGGCUCUGGCUCGGGACGAUGCUACCACCACUACGACCACCGAUGGCGGCGGCGUCCUGACCCUGGAAGGGACCAUCACCUCGUCCAUCAGUGAAGCCACUCUCCCCACGGGGCACUACCUCUCGUACACCACCACCGUCACUCUCGAUGAUGGCCAUACCGUCACGAGCACCGGCGCCCACACCGUCACCACCACCACUUCCAACUCUACCACCACCUCGGGGAAUUCCACCGCGACCACAUCGAGUUCCUCCUCGCAGUCCCUCACCCUGCUGGUGGGCGGGCAGACCGGCGCCGUCAAUGGCACCAAUGCGACCGCGACCGCGACGACGUCCGCCACGUCGACCCCAGUAGUCAACACGCAGCCCUGCAACGGAUACACCGAGUUUUGCGCUCGCAAGUACUCCAACAUCACCAUGGUGGCGGCCCAUAACAGUCCGUUCGUCAAGCCCGGAAAUGCUGCCGCCAACCAGGCGUUGGCGGUGACUGACCAGUUGGAUGACGGGAUUCGCAUGCUGCAAUUUCAAACGCAUCUGGUUAAUAACACCCUCUACCUCUGUCACACCAGCUGCGACCUGCUGAACAUGGGCACCCUCGAAGACUACUUGACGACCGUCACCAAAUGGAUCAAAACCCACCCGUACGACGUGGUCACCCUCCUGAUCGGCAACUAUGACUAUGUGGACCCGGGCAACUUUACGGCGCCCAUCCAAAACUCCGGGCUCAUGGACUAUGUGUUUACGCCGUCGAAGAUCCCCAUGGCUCUGGACGAUUGGCCGACCAUGUCCAACCUGAUUCUGUCCAGCAAACGGGCCAUUGUCUUCAUGGACUACCAGGCCAACCAGACGGCGUACCCGUGGCUCAUGGACGAGUUUUCGCAGAUGUGGGAGACGCCUUUCUCGCCCACGGACGCCGACUUUCCCUGCACGGAGCAGCGUCCGCCCAGUCUGUCGACGGAGGACGCCAAGGACCGGAUGUAUAUGGCCAACCACAACCUCAACAUCGAUGUGAGCAUCGCCAGCAUUAGUCUGCUGAUCCCGAAUACGGCGUCCCUCAACCGGACCAAUGCGGUUUCUGGGUACGGGAGUCUGGGACGGAUGGCUCAGAAUUGCACGGCUAUGUGGGAUCGGCCGCCCAACUUCCUCUUAGUAGAUUACUACAACUACGGCAACUUCAAUGGGUCCGUGUUCGAGGUGGCUGCCGAGAUGAACAACGUGACGUAUACGGGGACGUGCUGCGGCACGGCGUCUGCGGCCUCGAGUGUGAUGCCGGGGGUGAGCGUGCUGGGAACAUUGCUGGUGAUGGGGGGGGUGCAAUAUCUUGCAUCGAUCUUUUAG